AUGAAACAUGUCGACUACGUUGUGCCAGUUCUCCACUCACAUUCACACAUUGAAACACUGACCUCAGCCUUCCAGCUCCCUUGGUUUAAUUCCAAAAAGCAAAACGUCAAGUACAUCCUCAAGAACGUGAACGCGAUCUUCAAGCCAGGCACCAUGACCCUGGUCCUAGGUCCGCCAGGGUGCGGCAAGACCACCCUGCUCAAGCACUUGGCUGGUAUUUUGCACGUCAAGGGUAACGAACAAGUCAGCGGAUCCGUCACGUACAACGGAUGCAAGCCCAGCCAGAUCGACCUGAGCUCUCUAGCUGCGUACGUCCAGCAAAGCGACAACCACUACCCCACGCUCACGGUCAAGGAAACGUUCGAGUUCUCCCACAAGUGCCUCGUGGGGACAGUGGACCCGAACGACCCGCUCGCGGUGAACGAGCAGCACAUGGUGGACAUCCUCAUCUCGGUGUUUGGGCUGUCCGAGUGCGCCGACACGAUCAUCGGGGACGACAUGAUCCGAGGGCUCCCUUGGUUUAAUUCCAAAAAGCAAAACGUCAAGUACAUCCUCAAGAACGUGAACGCGAUCUUCAAGCCAGGCACCAUGACCCUGGUCCUAGGUCCGCCAGGGUGCGGCAAGACCACCCUGCUCAAGCACUUGGCUGGUAUUUUGCACGUCAAGGGUAACGAACAAGUCAGCGGAUCCGUCACGUACAACGGAUGCAAGCCCAGCCAGAUCGACCUGAGCUCUCUAGCUGCGUACGUCCAGCAAAGCGACAACCACUACCCCACGCUCACGGUCAAGGAAACGUUCGAGUUCUCCCACAAGUGCCUCGUGGGGACAGUGGACCCGAACGACCCGCUCGCGGUGAACGAGCAGCACAUGGUGGACAUCCUCAUCUCGGUGUUUGGGCUGUCCGAGUGCGCCGACACGAUCAUCGGGGACGACAUGAUCCGAGGGGUGAGUGGAGGCCAGAAGCGCCGCGUGACCGUGGGGGAGAUGAUGACUGGUCGAGCCACGACGCUGCUCCUGGACGAGUUCUCCAAUGGCCUGGACGCGUCCACGACGUACGACAUCGCCAAGGCCGUGCGGACGAUGGCCGAAGUGCUCGAGAAGACGGUGGUCAUGACGAUGCUGCAGCCCCCUCCCGAAGUGUACGACCUCUUUGACAACAUCCUCGUUUUGGACAAGGGCGAGGUCGUGUACAACGGACCCCGCACGACCCUCCCGUCGUACUUUCGGUCCAUCGGGUACGAGUGCCCGCCUCGUAAAGACGUGGCCGACUUUCUCCAGGAAGUCACGACCCACUUGGGGCCUCGGUACGCCACCACCUCAAAGGACGACCACUCGACGUCGGUCGGCAACCGCCCCACCACCGCGUCAGAGUUUGCCGCUGCGUUCGAGAAGAGCUCGAUCUUUCACACACUGCUAUCUGACUUGGACAAGCCGGAAACAUUGUCGCCCAGCAUGUUGCCCUCGUCGACAGAAUCCAAGGUCCGGCUACACUACAUGGACUGCCUCCGCGUGGUCUUCCUUCGCACAUGGACCGCCUCUUUGCGCGACAUAGGGUUCAACAUCGCCCGGCUAGUGCAAGCGUUGGUGCUCGGUGUGAUCGUCGGCACGACGUUCUUCGGCAUCGGACGCAACACGGACGUCGCCAAGGAAGCGCACCUCGUGCCCAUCAAAGUGAGCAUGUUCUUCUUGGCGCUGACGUACCAAGCGCUGACGACGAUUUCAACCAUUGACACGAGCAUGAAACUUCGGCACGUGCUGUACAAACAGUCGGCCUACCACUUUUUUCACCCGUCCGCGUACGUGGUCUCGGACGCUGUGGUCGAGCUGUUGUGGAGUGUGCCCCAACUGGUGCUGUUUGGAACUCCCGUGUACUUUUGCGUGGGGCUGUACCCCUCCGUGGGGGCCUACUUUACGUUUGUUCUGGUCGUGUAUUUGUGUGCUGCCACGUAUGCGCUGGUGUUCAAGUUCGUGACAAUGGUUUCCCCUGAUGCAGUCCUCGCCAAGGUUGUGGCCAUCUUUGGUAUCUUUCUGCAUAUUGUAUUUUCUGGCUACGUGACGCCGGCCCCCCAGAUCCCCCUCCUGUGGAUGUGGCUGUAUUGGACCAACCCCCUGGCGUGGGCGUUGCGAGCGCUGGUUCUCAACGAGUUUCUGUCCUCUACCCCGCUGUACGAGACCAUGGUAUCCAUCGGACAAGAUGUAUGGGCUCGGGUGGGCAGCUCGGCCUUGGAGGCAUACGGGUUUACCACUAAUGCUGCGUACAUUCCAGGAGCAAUUGUGUUCCUCGUCGGCGCCAUACUGGUGUUGGUGACUGGAACAACCCUUGCGAUCCAGUUUGUGCGAUUUCGACCGAGUAUGCCAAGGAGCGACCUGAAGUCGUCCCCUCCUCUCGCCCCACCAUCCCAAACGGGCUCAGCGACCAUCAAAAUAGCAAGCCACGAUCUCAACAACUUGCCGUUUCAACCGGUGGCCCUGACGUUCCAAAGCUUGAGCUAUACGAUUGACAUUGGCAAAGGCAAGAAUAAAACCUCUAGACAAUUGCUCAAGGACACCCACGGCUCCUUCCAGCCUGGAUCGCUCACAGCGUUGAUGGGGUCCACUGGGGCGGGGAAGACCACACUCAUGGACGUGAUUGCCGGUCGCAAGACUACUGGAACUAUCGAAGGCGACCUCUUUGUCAAUGGACACCCGUUGGAUCGACGCACCUUCACGCAGGUAUCGGGCUACUGCGAGCAGAACGAUGUCCAUGAAGAAACUGCGACCAUCCGAGAAGCAUUCCACUUUAGCGCCGUCCUUCGCCUGCCCAGCGACACGACUCAAGACCAGCGCCAGUCAUUUGUGGACGACAUUCUGGACGUGCUGGAGCUGACUCCGAGGGCCAACGCCCAGUACUUGACACUUAGCCAGGGCGAACGCAAGCGCGUGACCAUUGGCGUGGAGCUGCUGUCGAACCCGAGCAUUUUGUUUCUGGACGAACCCACGACAGGGCUCGACUCCCGCGCUGCGACCAUCGUCAUGGAGUGCAUCAAGCGCAUUGCGGAAUCGGGACGGACGGUCGUGUGUACGAUCCACCAGCCGUCGACAGUGUUGUUCGAGUUGUUCGACAAGCUGCUCCUGCUUAAGACGGGUGGCGAGCUCGUCUACUUUGGGGACCUCGGGCCUCAAUCCUCCGUGUUGUUGGAGUACUUUAGUCAGUUUCAAGGGCUGCCUCCAAUGGAACCGCAGGAGAACCCCGCCACGUACAUGCUCAACUGCAUCGGGGCCGGAACUGGCAAGGCAAAGAUCGACGUCGACUUUGCCGCUAUGUAUAGUCAGAGCGACCUUGCCGUUCGCAACCAGCAAUUGGUGGAGCAAGGCCAAGAGCUUGUACCUUUGAGAAAGAAUGCGCAUUCGUUUGGGACGCAAUUCGUUACGUUGCUGCAACGUCAAAGCGCCACGUAUUGGCGAAGUCCGUCGUACAACACGUCUCGGUUGGUGCUGAUGGUCGUGGUGCCGCUGAUCUUUGGCUCGGUCUUUCACGGGAUGGAGCUAACCACCAGCAUGGACGUGCUGAGUCAGCUCACGUUCAUCUUUGUGGCCACAUCGUUUUUGUGCAUUUCUAUGAUGACUACGUCCCUUCCGUUCGUGUCGCAAGGCCGCAAUGUGUUUUACCGCGAAAGUCAGUCUAACAUGUACGCCCCCGCAGCCCACUCCUUGUCGCUGGCGGUGGUCGAACUCGGCUACAGCGUCGUGCUGUCGUCUGUCUUCGUCCACUCAUUUUACUGGCUGUGUGGCCUCGACGGUCACUACACCAGGGCGUGGUUGUGGUUCUGGGCGUUCAUGACCAGCAGUGUGCUGCUGUGGUCGUACAUUGGCCAGCUGCUCGUGUUUUGGCUGCCGACGCCCCAGAUGGCCGAGCUCUUGGGCGGCGGCCUCGCGUCCUUGUCGUUCAUUUUUUCGGGGUUCAUGAUCGACGUCGAGACACUGGCGGUGCCGUCGACAGUGUUGUUCGAGUUGUUCGACAAGCUGCUCCUGCUUAAGACGGGUGGCGAGCUCGUCUACUUUGGGGACCUCGGGCCUCAAUCCUCCGUGUUGUUGGAGUACUUUAGUCAGUUUCAAGGGCUGCCUCCAAUGGAACCGCAGGAGAACCCCGCCACGUACAUGCUCAACUGCAUCGGGGCCGGAACUGGCAAGGCAAAGAUCGACGUCGACUUUGCCGCUAUGUAUAGUCAGAGCGACCUUGCCGUUCGCAACCAGCAAUUGGUGGAGCAAGGCCAAGAGCUUGUACCUUUGAGAAAGAAUGCGCAUUCGUUUGGGACGCAAUUCGUUACGUUGCUGCAACGUCAAAGCGCCACGUAUUGGCGAAGUCCGUCGUACAACACGUCUCGGUUGGUGCUGAUGGUCGUGGUGCCGCUGAUCUUUGGCUCGGUCUUUCACGGGAUGGAGCUAACCACCAGCAUGGACGUGCUGAGUCAGCUCACGUUCAUCUUUGUGGCCACAUCGUUUUUGUGCAUUUCUAUGAUGACUACGUCCCUUCCGUUCGUGUCGCAAGGCCGCAAUGUGUUUUACCGCGAAAGUCAGUCUAACAUGUACGCCCCCGCAGCCCACUCCUUGUCGCUGGCGGUGGUCGAACUCGGCUACAGCGUCGUGCUGUCGUCUGUCUUCGUCCACUCAUUUUACUGGCUGUGUGGCCUCGACGGUCACUACACCAGGGCGUGGUUGUGGUUCUGGGCGUUCAUGACCAGCAGUGUGCUGCUGUGGUCGUACAUUGGCCAGCUGCUCGUGUUUUGGCUGCCGACGCCCCAGAUGGCCGAGCUCUUGGGCGGCGGCCUCGCGUCCUUGUCGUUCAUUUUUUCGGGGUUCAUGAUCGACGUCGAGACACUGGCGGUGGUGUGGCGGUGGGUGUACUGGAUCAGCCCGGUGCACUACAUGCUGGAAGGGAUCGUCAUGGCCCAAUACCACGACCAAACUGCCCCCGUCGUCGACGUUUUGACAAAGACAAACGUGGCCAUUCGCGACUUUGUCGAGGGGUUCUUUAACCACACGUUUUCACCCGACAUGAUUGGGCGCAACAUGGUCCUGCUCUGGGUGGUCAUUGGUGUGGUGCAGCUCCUCCUCCUGCAUUGCAUGACUGCCAUCAACCACACCACCCGCUAACUUGAAUAAGAAAUCAUGGGAAUGAU